UUUUCAGUUGCAUAGAAAAUGUCACUCAAGUAUUGUAUUACACAAAUGUUUCAGGUUCUUAUAUACGUAUGUUCAUACAAAUCAUAUGAUAUCAAGUGUCCUCAUAUUUCACAUUGGAACUUACGAGCAUACCAUGAUUGCAAUGAUACAUCACAAUAUUAUUGUUUGUUUGACGAAAACAGCUGCAUGUACACUGAGUUUUGUAGACGAACACCAGAUUUUGAAGGACCAGGAUUGAAGGUGGUAAUUUUAGGAGGUUUAAAUGGGAAAAUGUGCUCCUCUAACCGAUAUCAACCAUUUAUGUUUUGGACAAACGGAAGCAGUGAAUGUAUUUUCCAAAAAUCUGUAUGCAGUGAAGAGGGGCAGAUAAUUGAGACUGACGAAUUAACGAGGAAAGAUAUCAGUUGCCGUUGUGAUAACACAAGAGGCUAUUCAUUUGUUUUACAACCCAAGGAUAUCACUUUUUGCGUACCGUCCCAAGAAGACUGUUCGUGUUACAUAGAACAAUGUCCUGCUGGACAUAUUCUUAAUGCAGGAUAUUUGUGUACAGCAGGUAGUCUUGGUCACAACAGAAACACUACCAGUGAAUCACACACGCAUUCAAACAAUAAAUCAACUGAAAUGAAAUUUCAACCUGUAAACCCGGAACCAGGUCGAAAAAGAUUCACAUACAGAACACCAAUCGUAACGGCUUCAGUUGAAAUUGCAGGUGAAGUGUAA